AUGCUAUAUGCCUGGGAGAACGCUUGGAACAGCGCCCAACCACACUUGUCGUCCAUCACCACCGCCAUCCGCGCACCAUCCACCGUGAAUCCUCGCGUUAUUCGUGUUGGGCAGCUCGACUCCGAGCUACUCGAUCAGCAACUUGUUCAGCUUUUGCAGGAGCCUAUCAACAAAGCGUUGUCCCUCAUAAACAAUUCACUAAGAGCCAAUUUUGAGCUCGAGUUGACCCUGCUCAUUCAACUCACUCUUUACAAGCUUUCCGUGUGGAAUACUGGCGCCAGCUACGGCGCCAAGCUUCAGGACCUCAAAUUUUUUGUCCCUUCUACUUCCUCCCAUACCCUUUCUUCUUCUCGGUUACCUCGGAGAACUCUGCUUAAUCAUAUUUUCUUGACGCUAAUUGUGCCCUAUGUUCACUCCCGACUACGCUCUCAUGCUCUUUCGCGCGCCUGGCCCGAUGCCCCUUCUUCGGAUCGACGCAGAAAAGCUUGGAAUGUCCUAAACUUACUCGAAUCAACACACACACUUUUUGGGCUCGUAAACUUCGUUGCAUUUCUCUGGGGUGGCCAAUACCGCACGCUCGCUGAUAGGUUCCUCAAAAUGAAGCUCGUUCCAGCUAGAAGGUCCGUAAAGCGUGACGUCAGUUACGAGUUUAUGAACCGACAAAUGGUGUGGCAUGCGUUUACGGAGUUCCUUCUUUUCUUGCUCCCUUUGUUGAAUGCUCGGUCAAUUCGGCGCCGCUUCUACCGUCUAGCUUCAAACGCGUCCCUCACGCAUCUUUUCUCCCUUUUACCGGAAAAGGCCCGCGGUAUAUUCGGCAUCGUAAAGGAUUUGAAAAGCCUUCCAACCGGCGCACAACGAACGCGAGGGAAAUUUUGGUCGUUGCCAGAAGAUCAAUGUGGUAUCUGUGCAGAAAACGCCUCGUUUAACCCAAACCUAUCUGAACCGGCAAACAUGUUCACUGUUUUGGCAAAUUCCCCAACUGGCCUGCCUUCUGCCGACCCUCUGGAACCUCCAGCUUACCCAAUAUUUACGCCGUACGUGACUUCUUGCGGACAUGUCUACUGCUAUCAUUGUAUUGCUGAGCGCAUGAUAUGGGCUGUCGACGAAGCUGGAAAUGGUCAAAGUUGGGAGUGCAUAAGGUGUGGGGCGGAUGUGAAAAGAGCAGAGAGAUUGUCCAUCAAGGUCUUUGAGAGUGACCCAGACAGUGAAUGCGAGUUCAGUAGUGAUCUAGAGAUGAUUACCGAUAUGUCAGGUUCGUUGGGAAGCUACAGCGAAUCAGUGUUGUCAGAAUGA